AUGGAUACCACCAUAGACUUCAGCCCCUACCGUGCCGAUGGCAAGCUUUACGGGUUCGUCUGCGUCGUGACCGGUGCUGCCCAGCCGGUUGGGCAGGCCAUCAUCGAGGAGUUGGCAGCCCACGGCGCCGCCUCCAUAUACGCAUGCGACAAGGCGGCCAGCGAUGAGGGCUUCAAGCCUCUGAUCGACAAGGUACAAGCCGAACAUCCCAAUACGAAUGUCAUCCCGUAUCCUUUCAAUGUAGCCAAGGAAGAGGAGACACUCGUCCUCAUCGAUGAGCUGCUCAAUCAAUUCGGUCGUCUCGACGUCUGGGUGUCGUCCGCCGGAUUACUGGGCCCGGCGUCCAUUGCCGAGACGACGUCGGCGGACUUGCAGCGGUGUUUCGAGGCGCACUCGAUGGCGCCCUUCUUUGCUCUCAAGUACGCGCCGCCUGCCAUGGCCAAACUCACGGGAAAGCAGUCGUACCCGAACGCGGCGCCCAAGACGCAGAAGUACGGCAGCAUCAUAGUCAUUAGCAGCGUCGCGUCGACGUACGGCGGGUGCUGGGGGCCGAGCUAUGUGAUGUCUAGCCAUGCGGCUCUCGGUGUCGUCAAGGCUGGCGUAGCAGUUCUCAAGGGGACUGGUGUGAGAAUCAACUGCAUCUCGCCGGGCCAGGUCGACAUUGGCCUUGAUCUGAACGGGAUUGACAUGAAGGGUAUGAACUCUCAGUUUCCUCCGGCCAGUCUGCAAGGUCCAGAGGCAACCAAGGCAACCAUCGGCCUCGAAAGACCGGGCAGCCCGCAAGAAGUGGCCCGAGUAGCAGGCUUCCUCGCGUCUGGCUUCAGCUCCUAUAUCACGGGAGCGAACCUGGUCGUUGACGGCGGCGCGUCUGCCAUGAACCCGCUUACGAUUCCCAUCGGCAAAGCCCACCCGUAA